GUUAUCAGAGUUUGUACUGAAAGAAAGCUGGAAAUGAAGAAGCUCAGAUAAAAGAGAAGGAAAACAAAGCUUGACUGGGUUUGGACUGAAGCUGUGGAAAAGAACACUGGGUCUCUGUUCCUGAUUUAUUGUUGUUCAGAUUUGAUAGAUGAGAGUUUCCUCAGCAGGGGAAUUCCUGAACUCGGGGUCCUGUUGAGUAAUCCCCCAACAUCCUGCUGAUUAUAUGACCGAGCGGACAGUCCUGGACUAGAUGAGAAGGCCGAACUCUCAGGAGCUCAUCAUGAAGUUGGAUUUGGCUGCAGCUCUGUCUUCUUUAGCAUCAUUGCUGGUCUUACUGUCUCCAGUUUGCUCCCAGCAGCCUAUCAACUGCAGAUGGGGAUCCUAUGGAGAGUGGUCUGAGUGUGAUGGCUGCACCAGUACAAAGGUGCAUACUCGCCAUGUGGAGGUGUACGCCCAGUUUGGGGGUGCGCCAUGUUCAGGAGAAGCCACCCAAACUCAGCCUUGUGUCCCACAGAAAAGAUGUCCCCUGGAAACAGGUUGCAUGGAUAGGUUCCGCUGUACCUCUGGUCAGUGCAUCAGCCACUCUCUGGUGUGUAAUGGAGACCAGGACUGUGAGGAUGGUCUGGAUGAGAGAAGCUGUGAUGAAGACGGGAGCCAGUACUCAUGUGACCUUGAAAAAACACCUCCCAACUCUGACGUCACAGGCAGAGGGUAUGAUGUACUUACAGGGGAACUUAGAGCAGGUGUGAUCAACACUCUGAGCUUUGGAGGGCAGUGCAGGAAAGUGUUCAGUGGAGACCAUCAAGUAUACUACAGACUGCCACGAAACAUCUUACGGUACAACUUUGAGGUGACAGUAAACAAUGAUGAGAGUGAUGAAUCCUAUGAGAGCUCCUGGUCCUACAUACAGCACAUCCAGGCCAACGCCUUGGUGGGACAUGACCGUCGUACCUUCCACAAAGAGAUCACUGAGUCAAAGGCCUACAGACUCAUAAUCCUGAAGAAUAAAGUGGUGUUGGCCCAGUUCCAAAACUCAGCCCCCCAGUAUCUGACUCUGGCUGAGGCCUUCUGGAAAGCUUUGUCCUCGCUGCCGCUCACAUAUGACUACUUUGCCUACCGCACGCUGCUGCAGCGAUACGGCACACACUACCUCUCUGAAGGCUCACUUGGAGGGGAAUACCAAGCUUUAUUGGAGUUAGACCGCCAGGCGCUCGCAUCAACCAGUACAACAGAUAUUGAGUACCAGAGGUGUUGGAGAAAGGUCAAACGCCGUUGGUUCAGAAAGAAAGUCAAAAUCAUCUGCGAAAAACUGACAAAAGCUUUAUCAUCCAGCUCAGGACACAACAUACACAAGAUGCCCAUUAAAGUCAAUGCGUUUGGCGGAGAUCCAGGCCUCAAAGCGGCUCUGCUUGUUCUGGAUCUGGACAACCCAGAAGCAAAUGGAGAGGCCUAUGACAACUGGGCCUCAUCUGUUAAAGACUUCCCCCAAGUCGUAGACCAGAAGCUGCGCCCUCUGCAUGAGCUGGUGAAGGAGGUGCAGUGUGCAGGUUUGAAGAAGCUCAACCUGAAAAGAGCCAUAGAGGAGUACAUGGCGGAGGAGCACCCCUGCCACUGCCGGCCCUGUCAGAACAACGGCCAGCCGCUGCUGACGGGCUCCGUUUGUCGCUGCGCUUGCCGGCCGGGAACCUCCGGUCCAGCCUGCGAGAGGGGACAUGUGAUAGGAGAGCAACCAGGGGUGAUCCACGGCAGCUGGAGCUGCUGGUCCUCCUGGGGAUCCCGCUCUGGAGGUCAAAGGUCAAGAUCCCGCAGUUGCAACAACCCCGCCCCCAGCAGAGGUGGUCAACACUGCAUCGGACUGCAGGUGGAGCAGAAGCCUUGUGAGGACCCAGAAAUCGAGCACUUAAAGAUGAUGGAGCCUCAGUGCUUUAGUCUGUCUGUGACUCCACCUAAGACAUGCGGACCACCUCCAAACCUCCGAAAUGGAUUUAUUCAGAAUCCCAAAGAUUUUUACUUGGUUGGAAACACAGUGGAGUAUUCCUGCAUUGAUGGUUAUCACCUCAGGGGAGGCUCUGUGGCUCGGUGUGCCGAAAACCAGAAGUGGGUGACUGGAGCGAUGGUUUGUCAAAGUUCCACAUGUGGGAUUCCUCCCCUCAACAGAGAAGUUAUAGCUACGCCCACCAAAGCAGCUCAUGAGAUUGGAGACCGAGUGACCCUGUCCUGUCCCGCGGGGUCAGUGCUGGACGGUGAUGUGUCAGAGAUCAUGUGUAGUCCCAGUCUGCAGUGGUCUCCCUCCUCAUCAGGCACUCGUUGUCACGCAGCACCAACAGUUCGAUCUCCUCCAGCUGGCCUGAAGUGUAAACCAUGGGAGAAUGUAGGAAAAAACGAGUGCGUGUGUAAAAUGCCGGCUCAGUGCUCGACUUCUCUUAAGUUGUGUGCCAGACUCGGCUCUAGCGGGCCCCGUUUACUGAGUGUUUGUCAGCUCGGAGCUCUGCAGUGUUUGGGGAGAGGCUUCCAGUUGGCCAGUGACAGUGACUGUAACUGGCCAAAGGACGAAUACACUACCUGCGAGGACUGCCAACCAGGGACAAUCUGUCAGGCAGGAAAAUGUGAAUGCCAAACUGCAUCAGACUGCCCUGAAGACUCCGCCCCCCUGUGCGUCAGCUCUGGUGAUGGCAGCGAGACGAUGACUGAAUGCCAGGCGGGGGCCAAAAGGUGUGCUGGGGAGCAACUCAAUGUGAUCAGUAUUGAGGCUUGUCCACAAUAAAUAUGGUUGUUGUUGUU